UUUGCAGGCACAAAAACCAAAGAAGGAGUGGUUCAAAGUGUGACUUCCGUUGCUGAGAAGACCAAAGAACAGGCCAAUCUUGUGGGAGACAGUGUGGUGGCCAGCGUCAACACAGUGGCAAAGCAAACAGUGGAAGGAGCCGAGACUGUUGUAACCACCAGUGGUCUGGUCAGCAAGGAGGAACUUCAUGCCAAUCAACACGAAGACCAACCUGCUGGGAUAGGAGAAGAAGGCAUCCCGGUGGAAGCCACAGAGAUUGAAGGAAACUAACCUUCUCCAGAACUUCUGCUACAAUUAUGAAAAGUGAGGAGACCAGGAAUAAAUGCAGGCCUAUUAGAGGAUGCAACAGCAGGGAAAUCUCUCCUAUUCCUAAGCUAAAACUUCAUGCAGCACGACAAACGCUCACUUAUCUAAUUCUCACCCUAUCAUAGCUGGGUGGCAAAACUCUCGAUUGUACGUUUUAGGGCAAUUCUAGGCAUCUCCCUUUGUGUCUUCUUUGUGGCUUCCUUCUUUGCCCAUAUUUGAGCCUUCCAAAGUGUGGUUUGAGAGCCAUUCACACCCUCGUGGUUGGAAUCCCUGAUUCAUGUCUUUCGGCUCACUAGUAUCAGCAUUUGAUUUCCCUAGAAAGGGUGGACAUAAUUUUUUUUUUUUAGAGACAAAAUAAAAUCUUG